CCUCUGAGGGUGUGUGUGUGUGUGUGUGUGUGUGUGUUUCCACUCAGAGGAUCGAUUCAGUUAAAUGUUUAACCCUGAGUGAGUCCUGCACACAGCUUCGUCCCUCGAGCAGCUCGGUGAAGCUCAGCUCUCUCCCCUGGAGCCUCAAGCUGCUGCAUUAUGUCCGGUGCCGGGUCGUCCCUGCGGGUCCACGCGGUCCGGUUCGGUCCGGGUCGGGAGCUGCUCACCUCGCUGCAGGCCCUGGUGCAGGAGCGGCGGCUGCGAGCGCCCUUCAUCAUCACCUGCGUGGGCAGCGUUACCAAGGCAACGCUGCGGCUGGCCAACGCCACGGCGACCAACACAAAUGAGGUGAUCCACCUGGACGGCCGCUUUGAGAUCGUGUCCCUGGUGGGCACGCUGAACCCGGAGGCCCACCUCCACAUCUGCCUGGCCGACAAGGAGGGCAGGACGGUGGGGGGGCACGUGCUGGGCGACCUGGAGGUUUUCACCACGGCGGAGGUUGUGGUGGGCGAGGCGGCCGACCUGCAGUUCACCAGAGAGAUGGACGUCAAAACGGGCUUCCCUGAGCUGGUGGUUCAGCCGCGCCCACAGCAGGACUGAGCACUGACCACACCUGGAUCGGAAUGAAAACCAUAAUAAAAACCGAUAAAGACCCA